AUGAAGCUGGCGGUGAUCGAAUACGUCUUCGAAAAAAUCUGGGGAGAGCGAUUCACGUAUCUCUCUUUCCCUUUCUUCGUCUCGACGGUCUCCACCCCUGCUUCGCUGAAGAGGGCGAUCGACACGACCGAUGACUCGACUGAACAGCAGCCUGUCAACAAAAAGCGGUGCUUCGAAUCGCACGAUCAGUCGAGCGAAAACGACACCAAGUAUGACAUUGCGGUGUUGAACAACAAUAAUGUAUCAGCCACCAAAUCAGUUUUUGACAUCGGUCUCCUACAAAAUCAAAUCGAGGCGCAGAAGGGCGAGAUACAAGCGCUUCGGGCUGCACUUACUCGAGCACAGGCACACUCUACCCGUGUCGACGAUCUUCUGACGGAAAGUCGUCAACGCCUCGAAGUUGUCUCUGCGGAGCUCGAAGUGAAGCGCGCGCUAGCGGAUGGGACGAAUCGGUUAUACGCAGAGUUGCGUGACACCGAACUUCCCGCUGUGCAAGCACAGUUAAAAGAAAAGAGCGUCGAAAACUCUCGGCUUAGACAAGAACGAAGCGCUGCCACAUUGUUGGUACCAGAAGCCGCGAACACGGAAGAAGAUUAUUUACGAGACGUCCGGGAGCUCAAUCAGAAAAUCGUCGACCUUGCGCAUCAGAUGGUCAAGCGAGACGACAUUGCGAAGUCGGCCGCAGGUACGCUACGUCAAAAGCGAGAUACGUACCAAGACUGGUGUGUCGAACUCCUCUGGUGCGAGGUGUUUUCGGACUUCUGUCCUGGUUUGGGUCGUAUAUGCGCGAGCGUACUUGAACAGGUCGCUUCCAAAAUUCCGCCCCUCCAUCGAACGGUUUGGAAAGCCACAACUUUCACAUGUAUCGAGAAGAUGGUCGAUCUUGACAAGCUCAUCAAGGCUACCAUCACUCAAGCCGUACGUGGAGACGAACUGGCGCAAAAGAUCAACAAGGAGACGCGUCGAUCCCUUGACGAGAUCAUCGAAUCAGCGGUCCGAAUCCAUUUCUCCAUGGCAAAGGAGGGCAAGAAUACUAGGGUACUCUACGCGUUCGCCAACACACCUGCGAUCUAUGCGCCAGCGGAGAUGGAAAUCGCCCAGCGUCGUCGUAUUACGAGCGAGAUCAUCGUCGACGAGUCAUACAAGGUCGAGAGACCGCUUCUUGUGAGGUCUUGCCUUUCGUUCGGAUUCGCCGGGUCGGCCGGAAUCGAGCAGAAGUGUCUAGUUCUUCUCGAAUAAUAGGGCGGCAUCGACUAUCAGGGACCGAUAGAGCGCUGCACAUAAGCAUAUAACGUAACAGACUGCCUGUGUCUAGGAGGAAGCCAUAGUAUAGAAC